GCAGAGGAAGGCGAGAAGGCAGGAGGCGGCCGCCGUGGUGUGUCCGGGGGCUGCUGGUGCCGGUGCCGAGGGGAAGCGGCCACGAUGGUGUUGGAGAGCACCAUGGUCUGUGUCGACAACAGCGAGUUCAUGAGGAACGGGGACUUUUUGCCGACCCGCCUCCAGGCUCAGCAGGACGCGGUCAAUAUCGUCUGUCACUCAAAGACCCGCAGCAAUCCCGAAAACAACGUCGGCCUCAUCACUUUAGCCAAUAACUGCGAGGUGUUGACCACUCUGACCCCGGACACGGGCCGCAUCCUGUCCAAGCUGCACUCGGUGCAGCCCAAGGGGAAGAUCACCUUCUGCACAGGGAUUCGCGUGGCUCACUUGGCUUUGAAACACCGUCAAGGCAAGAACCACAAAAUGCGUAUCAUUGCCUUCGUGGGGAGCCCGGUGGAGGAUAACGAGAAAGACCUGGUGAAGUUGGCCAAGCGCCUGAAGAAGGAGAAGGUGAACGUGGACAUCAUCAACUUCGGAGAAGAGGAAGCCAACACCGAUAAGCUGACAGCCUUCAUCAACACCCUGAAUGGCAAAGACGGCACGGGCUCCCACCUGGUGACGGUGCCUCCAGGGCCCAGCCUUGCCGAUGCCCUCAUCAGCUCCCCGAUCCUCGCCGGGGAGGGGGGUGCCAUGCUGGGCCUGGGGGCCAGUGACUUCGAGUUCGGGGUGGACCCCAGCGCCGACCCAGAACUAGCUCUGGCCCUCCGAGUUUCGAUGGAGGAGCAACGGCAGAGGCAGGAGGAGGAGGCCCGGAGAGCCGCGGCAGCAUCCGCCGCUGAAGCUGGAAUUCCAGCCACCGGCGGGGAUGAUUCAGACGACGCCCUGCUCAAGAUGACCAUCGGACAACAGGACUUCGGCCGAGCCGGCCUGCCAGACCUCAGCACCAUGACCGAAGAGGAGCAGAUCGCCUACGCCAUGCAGAUGUCUCUCCAAGGAGCCGAGUUCGGGCAAGGCGAGUCGGCCGAGGUGGACAGCACCGCUGACAUGGACACGUCAGAGCCCACCAAGGAAGAAGACGAUUACGACGUGAUGCAAGACCCCGAGUUCCUCCAGAGCGUGCUGGAAAACCUGCCGGGGGUCGACCCCAACAACGAGGCCAUCCGCAACGCCAUGGGCUCCCUGGCCUCGCAGGCUUCCAAGGAGAACAAAGACAAGAAAGAGGAGGAGAAGAAAUGAUAAGGGGAGUGGGCUUCGGCCCUUUGUUCACGUCUCCCCCCACCCCACCCCCCCGGGUGCAGUCAGGGCAUUUCUCUCUUCUGCAUGACCAGGGUUCACGCAGCUUCAUAACCGUUCGUUACAUAAUCUUUCCUCUCCGGGCUAGCUGGUGGAUCGGGGGUGGGUGGGGGGGACAGUCGUUGGUGUGGGUGGGUGGCUAGGAUCU